GGGAGAGAAAGGGAUGGGAGGAGGUGCGACUCCAAGGGCUUCUUUGUUGGGCUGGCUGGCUCUCUUUUCUGGCGUCCCACAACUCCAGCUUUGGAGCCGGGCCACCGAACAUCCUGUUUUCCUGCAACUUGCCUCAUCCCUUGUUUGCCUCUCUUUCUCCCCUCUUUUCCCCCCCGCUCUGCGGCCACCCACGGCUCACGCCUCAAAGGCUGCGGAGAAGUUAUCAUCCACACCAUUGCUCUGGGAGGCUUCUCAGGAGGAGCUGCGUUUUGGAUAAGGAUGGAUGGAGCCCUGAAGACUCCCUGAAAAGGUAGUCUGAGGACAUCGGGUAGGUUGUCCAAGAUGGCGGAUCUCCCAGAAAAGAUGGUCCUGAACGUGGGAGGGGUCCGCUUUGAGACCUCCCGCAGCACCUUGAGGGCCUUCCCCAGGACCAAGCUGCACAGCCUCACCGAAGCCGAGGCCUCCGCGGCCUUUGACUACGACCCCAGCGCCAGGGAGUUCUUCUUCGACCGAAGCCCCCGGCUCUUCCGACAAGUGCUGAGCUACUGCCGGACCAGGCACCUCCACUGCCCAGCGGACAUCUGCAGGUCCGCCUUGGAGGAGGAACUGGCCUUCUGGGAAAUCACGGUCUCCCAGUUGCCCAACUGUUGCUGGACCAGGCUCAGCAGGAUGGAGGACCCACCAGAAGACUGGGAGGACUUUGGGGAGGCGGAGGAGGCCAAUGACAGCCAGGGCCUUCUGAGCCAAGUGGAGGGAACGAGCCGAGUGGAGGGAAUGACCCACCGGAAGCUCCAAAUAUGGACCCUCCUGGAAAAGCCCCACUCUUCCCGGUGGGCCAUGAGCUUGGCCGUCCUUUCCCUGCUCCUCAACAUCGGGCUCAUCAUCUUGGCCAACGUAGACACCACAAGCCACUUUGUAGUCUUCAAUGAAGCAUGGUCACACAGCCCGGAAGACACACAACAACCCUUUAAUGAAACCUCCCACGUCCCCCACCUGCACCACUGGGCCUUUUGGCACAAGGAAGCCACUCCUCUCCUCUACCUGGAGCUCUUCUUCAUCCUCUUAUUCGCCUGCGAAUUCGUCCUUCGGCUGGUCAUCUGCCCCAGCAAGAAGAAGUUCCUCCGGAGGCCUUUGAACGUGGUGGACUUCCUCUGCCUCCUCCCGGUCCUCAUCGAACUCCUCUCGGCGGGGCAUCCUUCCAACAACACGUCCCUCGUCGCCUGGCUUGGUCUGUUCCGCAUCGUCUACGUCCUCAAGCUCCUGAAGGUCUUCCGGCUGGUGGAGACCCCUCUGAUGCUGAGGGUCCUGCCUGGCCUGGCCAAGGCGAUCCUGAAGGAGGUCUUCCUCUUCGCGGUGGUGUUCGUCUUCCAGGUCCUCUUCUUCGGCUCGCUCUGCUAUUACGCAGAGAUGGGCAAUCCCCAUGUUCACAUGGAGGAAAUCACCUCUGGCCUUUGGUGGGCCUUGAUCACCUUGACCACCGUUGGGUACGGAGACGUGUGCCCUGUGACCACGUUUGGGCAAGUGGUGGGGGCCAUCACAGCCAUCACAGGGGUCCUCUCCCUCAUCGUCCUGACAGCCGUCUUGAUCAUCAAGCUCAAGGGCUUUUAUGAAGCUGCGGUGGCCAAGGAGACCAGGAAGAGGACCAAGAGGCAGGCUGCCUGAAGGCCACCGAGAACAAGAAGACACUUCCCUGAAGACGUCUCUUUGGCCAACACAAGUGGUGAAGACCUCUCUCCUGACAUCCGUUCCUUGUUUUGGACAUCCAGUGGUUGAUACUGUAUUUACUCGAAUCUGAUGCUAACCUUUUUUGGCUGAAUCCAAGAGGAAGGGGUGGAUCUCCCAAAAGUCAACACCUUCAAGCAUCUUGGGUUGACGAUAACUUCAGAUGGCAACCUUUCUGACAAAGGGUGUCUGGUAGGAAGCAGAUGCCAGAUCACCUGAAAUCAAAAAUCUAUCCAACUAUCGUAAGGCCUUGUGUUGUCGAAGGCUUUCAUAGCUGGGAUCACAGGGUUGUUGUAUGUUUUCUGGGCUGUAUGGCCAUGUUCCAGAAGUAUUCUCUCCUGACAAGGUUGUGAGAUAUCUGGAGAAACUAAGCAAGGAAGGUCUAUAUAUCUCUGUGGAAAGUCCAGGGUGAGAGAAGAACUCUUUGUCAGUUGGAGGCAAGUGUGAAUGUUGUAGUUAAUCACCUUAAUUAGCAUUAAAAAGCUUCAUCUCCUGGCUUUUCCUGCCUGGGGGCAUCCUUUGUUCAGAGUCAUUAGCUGCCCCUGGCAGAGUGUUGCUUCAAUGCUAAUUCAAUGCUAAUUAGGGUGAUUAACUACAGCAUUCACACUGGCCUACAACUGACAUAGAGGUUUUUUUUUCUCACACCCUGGACUUUCCACAGAUAAAUAAACCCCUCUUGCCUAGUUUCCAACAGACCUCACAACCUCUGAGGAUGCCUGCCAUAGAUGUGGGCGAAACGUCAGGAGGGAAUACUUCUGGAACAUGGCCAUACAGCCCGGAAAACAUACAACAAACCUGUGAUCCCGGCCAUGAAAGCCUUCAACAACACAGUGUUGCUUCUUAUUUACUGUUCAGGGCCGCCAACAACAUACGAUAUCAGUAUUCGAUGCUCUAUCAUGCAGACAACUAAUGAACAAGACAUACCAUAAAUUGAAAAACAACACAUUCAACAUCAAAAAAUAAUGAGACAUUAUCAAUAUUCUGAAACUAUUCUCCAAAGAGCCUCUCUGAAUAAGAAUAAGCAGCAAGAUGGACUUUCCCUGGUAAUUUUUCGAUACAGACAAUCCCCCUUUUCCCCAAUAGAGGGCGCCCUCAAACAGGAAAACAUGUAUCUCUGAAAUGCAACACUGUAUUAAGGCUUCUGCGCAUAAGUGCUCAUCUACAGAAUACAUUAAAUAACUUCUUUUUUUUUGUCCUGCUUUCAGGCUAAGUUGCAUUUUUCUACCCAACAGUUUGUUGGGAAGUUUUCCCAGGUUCCCAAGGCGUUACCAUCACGGUCGCUUUGAAUGCCACCGUGUGAUUUAUAUGCGGAUUAUUCCUAGCUUUUCGGGGAAAUGUCUAAAUACUUAGUCAUCUGGAAGCCCAUGCGCUGCAUCUAAAUAAAUCCGGGCCUCGCUAGCAUCCCCGCGUGGGCAUCCUUUUAUGGAUAUCGGAGGCCAGAGGAGAUAAACCCGCACAUCAGGCCACACAUUUUUCUACGACGAGGCCUCCCGAAAUGUUGCAUGUUUGGUGACUACAGCACACAAAAACAUACAGUUCUGAGAAAUAUUGCAAUAUUCUUCCUCAGGUUGCAAUCUAUAUAUAUAAAAGGGUAAUGAAAUUUUGGCCUAGGACAAAACAACAAAACUACACAUCCCAGAAACACUAAACUUGGCAGCACAACCCCUCAUCCAUGCCUCUACAUUCAUACAACAAAAAGAAAAGAAAUAUAAAGUCCUAAUUAGAGGAAGAGGAAUAAUUGUUUUUAUCCAAUUGCUGCCAGUUAGAAGGCUAAGCUCCACACACUUGGUCUGCUGUCAGUUAGAAGGCUAAGCUCCACCCACUUGGUCUCCUAGCAACCCACUCAGCCCAGGGCCACUUCAAUCAGGCCUCUUCCACACUGCCUAUAAAAUACAGAUUAUCAGAUUUGAACUGGAUUAUAUGGCAGUGUAGACUCAAGGCCCUUCCACACAGCUAUAUAACCCAUUUAUAAUGGACUUAAUGUCAGGGGAAAACCUUUACCCUUUAGCUUAACUACCACCAAUUCCUCAAUACUUUAUUUCCCAGACCACCAGACUUCGCCACAGCAACGCGUGCUCGGGCACAGCUAGUCUUAACCCAUAAAUUUGGAGAAAGUCCUCCAUUGCAUGCAAAUAAAAUCACUCUGGGGUGAGAAAGGGCUUUAAUUCAAUUGCUCUGCAUGAAAAAUGUCUCCAAAUAAGGCUGCGGAAGAAAUCUACUUAGCUGUCCAUCAGAGUUUACAUAUACAUAUACAUAUAGAUACAUAUAUACAUACAUAUACAAUGACCUCCACCAACAAUGGACUGGGACCAAACGUGGCACAGAGAAUCACCAUGACCAACUGAACAUACUGCAGGCGUUAGUAGGAAUGGAUCUUGAUUUUGGGAGUUAUAGUUCACCCACAUCCAGAGAAAGUGUGACGCCCACCAACAAUGGACUGGGACCACACUUGGCACAGAGAAGCCCCAUGAACAACUGAACAUAGUGCAGGGGUUUGGGAUAAUGGACCUUGAUUUUGGGAGUUAUAGUUCACCCACAUCCAGAGAAAUGUGACGCCCACCAACAAUGGACUGGGACCACACUUGGCACAGAGAAGCCCCAUGAACAACUGAACAUAGUGCAGGGGUUUGGGAUAAUGGACCUUGAUUUUGGGAGUUAUAGUUCACCCACAUCCAGAGAAAUGUGACGCCCACCAACAAUGGACUGGGACCACACUUGGCACAGAGAAGCCCCAUGAACAACUGAACAUAAUGCAGGGGUUUGGGAUAAUGGACCUUGAUUUUGGGAGUUAUAGUUCACCAACAUCCAGAGAAAUCAUGACCCCCACCGACAAUGAACUAGGACCAGACUUGACACAGAGAAGCCCCACAACCAAUUGAACAUAAUGCAGCAGUUUAGGGGAAUGGACCUUGAUUUUGGGAGUUAUAGUUCACCUACAUCCCAAGAAACUGUGACCCCUACCAACAAUGGACUGGGACCACACUUGGCACAGAGAAGCCCCAUAACCAAUUGAACAUAAUGCAGGGCUUUUGGGAUAAUGGACCUUGAUUUUGGGAGUUGUAGUUCACCAACAUCCCAAGAAACUGUGAACCCUACCGACAAUGGACUGGGACCACACUUGGCACAGAGAAGCUCCAUGACCAACUGAACAUAAUGCAAUGGUUUGAGUCCCUUCGGGUGAGAAAGGCGGGGUAAAAAUGUUGUAAAUAAAUAAAUAAAUAACGGACCUUGA